GUCAUCAUAUUUCUGCGCGUGUUUUUGGACAAGAGCACAAGAGAGAGAGAGAGAGAGAGAAUGGCAGAGGAAGCAGUGCUGGGCUUCCUCGAGAAGAAUGAGGAGAUAACAGACUCUGGUCAGUUCGCUGCCGAACGCGGAAUUGAUCACCAAGACAUCGCCAACAUCAUCAAAAGCCUUCACGGUUUCAAGCUCGUCGAUGCUCAGGACAUUAAGAGGGAGAGAUGGGUACUCACCGAGGAAGGGAAAACAUAUGCUGCUGCAGGAUCACCUGAAGUGCAAGUGUUCUUGGCUGUACCACCAGAGGGCAUCUCACUAGAUGAGUUGCAGAGGAAAAUGGAUACGACGGUUUUUAAAAUAGGCCGCUCACAAGCUAUAAAGAAUCAAUGGGUGGAGAUGGGGAAGCAACUGACCAGGAAGGUUCAAGAUGUGGACGACAAAGUCAAAGAUUUGCUUAUACGGAUUCAAGAUGGAGAGGUCGUUGACCCAAAAGAAAUUGAUGCUCUCAAACGACGGAAGCUCAUUUCUCCCCAGCCAUGGAAAGGCUACUCAGUAAGAAAAGGUCCUAAAUACGCUCCAAGAAGGAAAAAAUUUGCUACGGAUUUGACUCGAGAAAAUAUUCUAAGGGGUGAUUGGAAGGAUCUAGAAUUCAAGGAAUAUAACUUCAGUUCUAAAGGUCAGCCUGUUGGAGGUGGCUCUCUUCAUCCAUUGCUCAAGGUGCGACAGCAAAUCAAGAUGAUUUUCCUGCAGAUGGGAUUUGAAGAGAUGCCGACGAACAACUUUGUCGAAAGCAGUUUCUGGAAUUUUGAUGCACUGUUCCAGCCGCAACAACACCCUGCUCGUGAUUCUCAUGAUACAUUCUUCCUGCAAGUUCCAUCUACUACAAAGAUGCUGCCUGAAGAUUAUGUUGAGCGGGUGAAGCAUGUUCAUGAGUUUGGUGGCUAUGGGUCCAGGGGUUAUGGAUACGAGUGGAAAAGAGAGGAGGCAAACAAGAACCUUCUGCGAACUCAUACAACUGCUGUUUCUUCGAGGAUGCUCUACUCACUUGCUCAGAAAGAUUUCGUUCCCAAGAAGUAUUUCUCUAUAGAUCGGGUAUUUAGAAAUGAAGCUGUGGAUCGAACUCAUCUUGCAGAGUUCCACCAGAUAGAAGGCUUGGUAUGUGAUCGAAAUCUUUCUCUUGGUCACUUGAUUGGAGUAUUGAAUGACUUCUUCUCCCGUCUUGGUAUGUCCAAGUUGAAGUUCAAGCCAGCUUACAACCCAUACACUGAACCAAGCAUGGAAAUUUUCAGUUAUCAUGAAGGCCUUGAGAAAUGGGUGGAAAUUGGCAAUUCUGGCAUGUUUAGACCUGAGAUGCUGCGUCCCAUGGGGCUUCCAGCUGAUGUUCGUGUUAUUGCGUGGGGCCUUUCCCUAGAAAGGCCUACCAUGAUAUUGUAUGGGGUUGAUAACAUCCGAGAUCUCUUUGGUCCCAAGGUGGAUCUUAGUCUCAUCAAGAAAAACCCUCUCUGUCGCAUCGGAAUAUAAAAGACUGGCGUCGCAUUUUCUCUAUAAUUUUUGAAUCGAUUGCUUCCGUAGAUAUUGCCCCUCCAUUUUUGGUAUGAAUCGGAAAUUGGUUCCGUCGUUAAAGUGAUCCGUGAGAAACAGUCUCUCCCAUAGCAUUUUAGUGGGAUUGUACCGGAACUGGGAGUAUAUUUUCUAAUGACUAGGUUUUUUUUUUUUUUAAUUAGUCCUACAGGCCGUGUAAUUUUGUAUCUAUUUCUCAUAAAUAUGAAUUGCAUCCGUUCAUUCUCGAAUAGGACUGCAAACGAAUCAAGCCGAGCUCAAGCUCGAGUAUUGGUCUUGUUUAGUACGAAAAAUCAGUUGAGCUUAACAUUCCAAAGAUUCACUUGUUUAAUAAUGAAUCGGGCUUUGGUCA